AUGGGUCAAAUUGGGGCGUCCUCCAGCUCACCCAUGUGUGUGUGUGUGUGUGUGUGUGUGUGUGUGUGUUUUCAGGUCCCGUGGAACCCUGAGGUGGACUUGUGUUGGCACACUCUGGUCCGUGGAGCGUCAGACGAGUGUGAACCAGAGUGGUGCGAGUCUGAAGAUCCUCUCUUCAUCCUCUACACCAGCGGCUCAACUGGCAAACCAAAGGGCGUUCUCCACACUCUCAGCGGCUACAUGCUCUACACUGCCCUCACCUUCAAACUGGUGUUUGACUACCAGCCCGACGAUGUGUACUGGUGCACGGCAGACAUCGGUUGGAUCACCGGACACUCCUACAUCACCUACGGCCCGCUGGCUAACGGGGCCACCAGCGUCCUGUUUGAGGGCCUGCCUACCUACCCGGAUGUGAGCCGUAUGUGGGAGAUUGUGGACAAAUAUCACGUAACCAAGUUCUACACAGCUCCGACCGCCAUCAGACUGCUGAUGAAGUAUGGCAGAGAGCCGGUGCAGAAGUAUAAGCGAGAUUCUCUGAAGGUUUUGGGGACGGUGGGAGAGCCCAUCAACCCCGAGGCCUGGCAGUGGUACUACAGUGUGGUGGGAGAGAAGAGAUGUCCAAUUGUCGACACCUUUUGGCAGACAGAAACUGGUGGACAUGUGUUGACUCCUCUACCUGCAGCCACACCCAUGAAACCGGGAUCAGCUACGUUCCCGUUCUUCGGAGUGGUGCCGGCCGUCUUGAAUGAGUCGGGAGAGGAGCUGGAGGGAGCGAGUGAAGGAUACCUGGUGUUCAAACAGCCGUGGCCCGGCGUGAUGAGGACGGUGUACGGAAACCAGCAGAGGUUUGAAACCACCUACUUCAAGAAGUUUCCUGGAUACUACGUCACGGGAGACGGUUGCCGUAGAGACAAGGAUGGCUACUAUUGGAUAACGGGGAGGAUAGACGACAUGCUCAACGUCUCCGGCCACUUACUGAGCACAGCGGAGGUGGAGUCGGCUCUGGCGGAGCACGAGGCGGUCGCCGAGGCGGUCGCCGAGGCCGCUGUGGUGGGCAGACCUCAUCCUGUCAAAGGAGAAAGCCUCUACUGCUUCGUAACGCUCACUGAUGGAGUGACGUACAGCCGCACGCUGGAGGCAGAGCUCAAAAAACAAGUGCGGGAGAAGAUCGGUGCCAUCGCUACGCCAGACUUCAUCCAGAAUGCUCCAGGACUCCCCAAGACCAGAUCUGGCAAGAUCAUGCGACGGGUGCUCCGCAAAAUCGCCUGUGACGAAAGGGACCUGGGCGACAUCUCCACGCUGGCCGACUCCUCGGUGGUCGAGCAUCUCUUCCAGAACCGAUGCUGCGUCGGCGUGUGACGGCCUCCAGGAUCCUCGCAGGGAGGCUCCAGCUGCAGCUGCGCGGCGGUGGCCACAAACACACCCAGGGGGGGUAGAGGAAGAAGAGAAGGAGGAGAAACACAAUGAACUUGGGUGUUGUCCAAUAAACAACCUUUAGCUCCUGAUGAGUACGACCAGUGUGCAGCAGAGCCUUGAACAUCUGUCUGGUUACUGGCAGAAGUAGUAAACACUUUAAGAGCAACAAACAAAGUGUAGGAAUUAAUAAGAACAUCAGUCAUUUGGUUUUAAUGUUUUCCAGAAGCAGACAGAGUUGCUGCUGUUUAAAAAGAAAACAAGG